CACCGCCCAGCCUCUGGCAGUGGUUCUCCAGGCUGCGUCCGGGGGACUUGGGGCCGCUGGGAGGUGAGCGCGGGGCGACUGGCCGGGUUGGGCUGGAGGCGGGCGGGCUGGCGGCGGACACCAGAAGGAUCUUUGCGGCGGAAGGGUCGGCGGGGCAGAGCCCAGGCCCGCCCAGGAGCGGCGGUGCGCGACCAGCGGGCGCUGAAACCUGUGCUGCUGAGCGCUCGGCCCACGUGGGCUGAGCCCCAGGCCAGAGGCCGGGCUGGACGCGCACUGCGCCGGCUGGACUGCUGGGCAGCGUCUGCCGACCUCUGGAGGACUGGUUAGACCAUAUCCAUGGGCCUUGGGUCACUAGCUGGGAAGGCACGACGUUUAGGCAGAAGUUUAAAGCCCCGGGAGGAAGAGAGGCGACGGCCCCUUGGCGGCACCGCGCAGUCCCGCCUUAGUGCUGGGAGCGCUUGGAAUUCAUACCCCCCCUCUCCUCUUCCUCUCGGAGCAGCCGGCCGCCAGCCCCAGGUGUAUGGGAUCAGCCACACCUACCUGAAAGCAGCCCAGGAGACUGAGAUCUGGAAGGUUCUGAGACUCGCGGUCCUGAUGUGCUCCUUGGGGCCUGCCAUCCCCAGUGGCUGUGAAUUCUGGGGGAGCUGCACUGCUUGAUCUGGACUGUGUAUCCAUCCUCUCAUCUGUCUCUGAUUCUGCCCACCUCUCCACAGACCUGGGGCUCGACCCCAGAGCAUCCCUGUACUCUAAGGAAAGGCCUGGAACAUGUACUGAAGACCUCCAGCAAAACCAAGGGAAGUGUCAGCCACAUCUACCCUAAAGCCACCCUACCCUUCACCCACCAUGGCCUCCAGCAACAAGAAUGGAGACAGCAGCUCCGUGUCAGGCAGCCGCCUGCAGAGCCGGAAGCCACCCAACCUGUCUAUCACCAUCCCCCCGCCCGAGGCCCCGGCCCCCAGUGAGCAGACCAGCAUGCUGCCCCAGAGGCCCCGCAAUCCCGCCUACCUCAAGAGCGUCAGCCUACAGGAGCCGAGGGGGCGAUGGCAGGAGAGCGGCCCGGAGAAGCGCCUUGGCUUCCGCCGCCAGGCCUCACUGUCGCAGAGCAUCCGCAAGGGCACAGCACAGUGGUUCGGGGUCAGCGGCGACUGGGAGGCAAAGCGACAGCAUUGGCAGCGCCGGAGCCUACACCACUGCAGCGUGCGCUACGGCCGCCUCAAGGCCUCCUGCCAGAGGGACCUGGAGCUCCCUAGCCAGGAAGUGCCUUCCUUCCAGGGCACCGAGUCUCCGAAACCCUGCAAGAUGCCCAAGAUCGUGGAUCCGCUGGCCCGAGGUCGGGCCUUCCGCCACCCCGAUGAGGUGGAUCGGAGCCACGCCCCGCACCCACCGCUGACCCCGGGCGUCCUGUCCCUCACCUCCUUUACCAGCGUGCGCUCAGGCUACUCCCACCUGCCCCGCCGCAAGAGGAUGUCCGUGGCUCACAUGAGCUUCCAAGCCGCUGCAGCCCUCCUCAAGGGACGCUCGGUGCUGGAUGCCACUGGACAGAGGUGCCAUCCGGUCAAGCGCAGCUUCGCCUACCCCAGCUUCCUGGAGGAGGACGCAGUGGACGGGGCAGACACAUUCGACUCCUCGUUCUUUAGUAAGGAAGAGAUGAGCUCCAUGCCUGAUGAUGUGUUUGAGUCUCCCCCACUUUCUGCCAGCUACUUCCGGGGGAUCCCUCGCUCAGCCUCCCCAGUCUCCCCAGAUGGGGUGCAGAUCCAGCUGAAGGAGUCCAGCCGGGCCCCUGCCCCUGCGGCCAGGCGAGGCAAGCGCAUCGCCUCCAAGGUGAAACACUUUGCCUUUGACCGGAAGCGGCGGCACUACGGCCUGGGUGUCGUGGGCAACUGGCUGAACCGCAGCUACCGCCGCAGCAUCAGCAGCACCGUCCAGCGGCAGCUAGAGAGCUUCGACAGCCACCGGCCCUACUUCACCUACUGGCUGACCUUCGUCCACAUCCUCAUCACACUGCUGGUGAUCUGCACGUACGGCAUCGCUCCCUUGGGCUUUGCCCAGCAUGUCACCACCCAGCUAGUACUCAGGAAUAAAGGUGUAUAUGAGAGCGUCAAGUACAUCCAACAGGAAAACUUCUGGAUUGGCCCCAGCUCGAUUGACCUGAUCCACUUGGGAGCCAAGUUUUCUCCCUGCAUUCGGAAGGACCAGCAGAUUGAGCAGCUGGUGCAGCGGGAACGGGACCUGGAGCGGGACUCGGGCUGUUGCGUGCAGAACGACCACUCCGGCUGCAUCCAGACUCUGCACAAGGACUGCUCGGAGACUUUGGCCACUUUUGUCAAGUGGCAGGAUGAUACAGGGCCACCCAUGGACAAGUCAGAUCUAGGCCAGAAGCGGAUCUCAGGGGCCGUGUGUCACCAAGACCCCAGAACCUGUGAGGAGCCGGCCUCCAGCGGUGCCCAUAUCUGGCCUGAUGACAUCACCAAAUGGCCAAUCUGCACGGAGCAGGCAAGAAGCAACCACACUGGCUUCCUGCACAUGGACUGUCAGAUCCGGGGCCGCCCCUGCUGUAUUGGUACCAAGGGCAGCUGCGAGAUCACCACUCGGGAAUACUGUGAGUUCAUGCACGGCUACUUCCAUGAAGAUGCCACUCUCUGUUCCCAGGUGCACUGCUUGGACAAGGUGUGUGGCCUGCUGCCCUUCCUGAACCCUGAGGUCCCAGACCAGUUCUACAGGCUCUGGCUCUCUCUCUUCCUCCACGCAGGCGUGGUGCACUGCCUGGUGUCUGUGAUCUUCCAAAUGACCAUCCUGCGUGAUCUGGAGAAGCUGGCCGGCUGGCACCGCAUCUCCAUCGUCUUCAUCCUCAGUGGCAUCACCGGCAACCUGGCCAGCGCCAUCUUUCUCCCCUACCGGGCAGAGGUGGGCCCUGCUGGGUCACAGUUUGGCCUCCUGGCCUGCCUCUUCGUGGAGCUGUUCCAAAGCUGGCAGUUGCUAGAGCGGCCCUGGAAGGCCUUCCUGAACCUGUCGGCCAUCGUGCUCUUCCUGUUUGUCUGUGGCCUCCUGCCCUGGAUCGAUAACAUCGCCCACAUCUUCGGCUUCCUCAGCGGCCUGCUGCUGGCCUUUGCCUUCCUGCCCUACAUCACCUUUGGCACAAGUGACAAGUACCGAAAGCGUGCCCUCAUCCUGGUGUCCCUGCUGGUCUUUGCCGGCCUCUUUGCCUCCCUGGUCAUCUGGCUGUAUGUCUACCCCAUCAACUGGCCCUGGAUCGAAUACCUGACCUGCUUCCCCUUCACCAACCGCUUCUGUGAGAAGUAUGAACUGGACCAGGUGCUACACUGACCGGUCCCCACUGGGAAGGGUGGGCCUACCCCCACACUGUUCCUGGGAUAGACAAGGUGCCCCACACCAUGCUCCAGGGGCACCCUGGGGGCCAGGCUCCCCCCCCCCCAACUUUGAGAGGAUGAUCAUGGAAAUGGUUUCUGGGGAAUGUCCAGUCUCUGGACAGACUUGGGGACUCUCUGAGGACUUCCUGCACAACAAGUCCAGACCUGGCUUCCGCCCUGUUCCCCACUAGCAAGAUCACUUCCUGGGGGUGAAUUUCUUCCUCCCUGGUGUCCCCAGCCUUCUGCCACCUCUUUUCCCUGUCAUCACUGUGAGGCUAUGGGGGUGCCCACCCCGGCCCCCCUUUCUAUUGUCCCCAUUCAGUCCUAAGGACCUUGCCUUUAACAGUGGCCUGGUAGAAGAGGCUUUGGCCAUGGCCAGUGGCAGAAAAGGCACCAAGGAAACAGCUCAGGACUGGGGAAAUAGCUCACUUGGGUAGUGUGCUGCUUUGCCAUGUGCGAGACUCGGGUUCAAACCUGGUGCCCACGGCAUUGAAGGGAACUUUAGUCCUGUGGUCCCUUUUACUUUUUGUCUCUAGAAAGAGAGAAGGGGGAGAGAGAGAAAAAAAGAAAAAGAAAAAAAGAAAGAA